UUGGAUGUUCUUUUUUUCUUAAGCUUGUCUUGCUCUGUGCUUUAUAUCCAUGGAUGUUCUUCUGUGUAUAUAGAAUUGAUGUUUGCCAUGUAGUUAACUGUGUUAGUUAGACUAUAAUUAUGUGCUUAGAUUCCCUGAUUUUCUUAUGUUAUGUAUCUUGUGGAGUGUAACCUAAAUGAUAUGAAUAUAUGCUUACUUGAUAAAUGCUCUCUGACUAAGAGAGAUUCAUAUAUGAAUGUGUUAGCAGUAUAAGAGAAUUAAGUUAGCUAGCUUAGAAACGAUUGUGCACUGCCGUCGAUUUAUUAAUGGUUCAAUGCAUUGGGUAGUUUUGUACUCUAUAACCCGUAUACCUCUGGAUUGACAUUAUAUAUUGUUGGAAUCUAGGAAUGGUGAGAUGUGCGUAAGUACAUUUAAUCAUCAUAAAAUAAUAUAUUGUUAAUCUAUUUAAACUUAAUUUCAGACUAUAUCUAAGUAGAAAUUAGGAACAUGUAUUACUAACUAAUUAUUCUUUUAAUUAAUAAAGUCAAUAAUUGGAUAAACUGCUAAUAUUAUAAGUUAAUAACCUGUAGUGAUGGAUGCUGAGGAAACUUGGACCGAUCUCCCCAAAUAUAGUGAACAGUACAUUACGGGUGUAAAGGCAUUUCUGCUAAAUGCCUUCCCCAAAUUUGCUGUUGGUGAUGAGAUGACCUGCCCUUGCAAAAAGUGCAAGAACAUCAAGUGGCAGAGUCACGAUCUUAUCUAUGAUCAUCUCAUCUGCAAUGGUCCUUGUCCAUUAUACCUCAACUGGAUCCUUGAGGUUUCAACCGGAAAGCGUAGACAAAAUAUUGAAGAGGGGACUGAAUAUAUGGAUGAUCCAUAUAUCACAGACUUUGGGGAUAAUUUAGAUGAGAUGUUGCGUCGUACUAACGAGCCAAAUGUCGAUGCAAAAAACUUUUAUCGCCAUCUAGAAGAGGGAAAGCAGCCUCUAUAUCCGGGAUGUAAAAACUUUUCGCGAUUAAGUUUUACUAUUAAGAUGUAUUCGUUAAAGUGUUUACACGGAAUUUCAGAGGCAGGACUUAGUGAUAUAUUAGAACUGAUCAAAGAUGCCUUUCCCGAAGCAAAUAUUCCUUUGUCUUUUAAAGCCGCGAAGAACACAAUUAAAGAUUUAGGGCUCGAUUAUCAAAAGAUACAUGCGUGUCCCAAUAAUUGCAUGCUAUUUUGGGCUGAAAAUGAAAAGGAAGAAGCAUGCAAAAAUUGUGGUGCUUCAAGGUGGACUGUAGUGGAAAAGAAAGGUGUCGGGGUCGACAAUAAUCCGAAGAUGUCGAUUCACAAGGUCCCGGCUAAUGUGAUGCGGUAUUUUCCACUUAAACCUAGGUUGCAGCGGAUGUUUAUGUCCAAAGAGUUUUCAAAACUAAUUCUAUGGCAUGCUAAAGGUCGGAAAAGAGAUGGUAAACUUCGCCAUCCAGCCGAUGCGGAGGCUUGGAAACUGAUGGAUGUUAAAUAUCCUCACUUCUCGUCAGAACAUAGAAACAUUAGGUUAGGCCUCGCUGCGGAUGGUUUCAAUCCUUUCCGCACAAUGAAUACUACUCAUACUACCUGGCCAAUCAUUUUAUGUCCUGUUUUUGUAGUAUAAAGCAAGAAAAAAUGCAAGAAGUCGUAGCAAAUAUGCGGAGACGCACACUGCAGGUCCAAGGAGUUUCGCACAAAUUCGAAAUGAAAUGACGAAGGAGGCUGAUGGUACUGCACCAUCGGAUGCAGAAGUUUUUGUCAAAACUCGUAAGCGAAAUCCUGGCCGCAAGUACAAGACUGAUACCAAAAAAAUCAAAGAGAAAGUUGACGAUAUCGAAAAACAAAUCAAAAUAUCAGGAGAUGGCACUGAUGAGCUACUACUUUCUGGUGGCAAGAAGCAUGGGAAGACUUGGCUUUACGGGAGGUGUCCAAAUGCAACCAAAGUCCCUCGCAGUACAAGUUCAGGGAAUAGUUACGUGGAAGACCUGGCAUGUAAGAUCAAGGAAAGUCUGGCCGAAGAUGUCAAGGAAUCAGUGAGCAAGCAAGUCCAAGAAGAAGUGGAUGCUCAAGUAAACAAGAAGGUCCAACAAAACUUGACCUUGGCGCUUAAAAAAAUUGCGGAGGCAAACCCAGGCAUCAAAAUUAAUAUGGAGGAUUUUUGUCCAACAGCUUCGAGUGAUGAUGAAAAUGGUACGCCUAUAACUGGCGGUGCUAGCUGCUAGGUUCUCCAUGUUGUCUCCAUCUCCAGUAGUAAUAGUAUUAACCUAUUUCCUGCUUUUGGGUAUAUUUUGGUCAUCAACUAGUUGGUAAAUUAAGGAUUUGGUAAUUUCUUUUGUUUUAGUUUGGUGAAUUGUGAAUUGUGCUUUUGGUUGGAGUUGGUGAAUUGUGGAUUUGGUUGGAGUUGGUAGCUGCUUGGAUUUGGUUGAACUUGUGUAGCUAUUUUGGUUUGUAGAUGUUGAAUUGGUUGGAUUUAUUGGGAAUUUUAAUAUUUUAAACAGUAUA